AACCAUGGCGGAACCUGCACUGUGUCUUACCUUCCAGUGCUGCCAUGAGACUGCAGCAUCCUUGUUAAAUACAAUGACAAACACACCCCAGGCAGCCCCUUGUCUGCUAGGAUUACUGCUAACAUCAGUGUAGACCAUCCAUGCAGCCUCUAAGAUGGCAGCCCAAACACUACAGUAAAGUAAUUCAUUUCCUGCUGGAUCUGGAGAUGUUCCAAGACUACAUACCUGGAAACAUUCUGAUCAGAUGCCCCAAACCACCUGCUUCUCCCCUCUCCUGCAGCUCAGCCACAAACCACAGCCCACCACAAUAUGAUAGAAAAGGUGCAUUUAUGCCAUUAGUGUGCCCUAGGAAUCACUGCUGGAUCUCUAGGUGACGAUUCCAUGAGGAUGUACCAUCUGAAGGUGGGCUGAGCUGCAGAUAUUCCACUGGACAUAGGAGAGCUUGACCUCAGCCAGCUGACAGCCUCUCUUACAACACCCUCGGUGCGAGAGGAGCCCUGCCUGCUGAAGAUGCUGCGUAACGCUCACAUUGGAAUCUCCUUUGUUUCCAAGGAGAUUGGUGAGCACCUUGUUAACAUCAAGAAGAACGGCCGUCAUGUUCCCAGCAGCCCAAUUGCUGUUAUGAUCAAGCAGUCAGGGAUUGGUGAUGUGAGCCGUGUGAGUGGACCGGGGCUGACCGAGGACAGGACCUUUCAGCCUGCAGAGUUCAUCGUGAUGCAGGUUGUUAGGCUGUCGAUAUCCUCCUACAGCGGCUGAGAUCCUUUGGUGUGAACAGGACUCUUCUACGACACUGUGGUGGCGUCUGCUGUCUUUUAUGCUG